GAGACGCGCGUGUGGUCCGGCAGUCCGCUAGCAAGAUGCGAUGCGGCCGCCACGAAACUUGGGAGGAUGUGUGACGCUCUUUGUCCUCGUGUAGACGCCAAAGAGACGCUUCGAUGUAGCUUGUUUUGUUACUUCAUUCGUGAUAUUCGAAAUUCUCAUAAAUUCGCAAGAUGAUGCUCCGCUUGGUGUUGCUGACAAUCUGUUUCCACCGGUCAGUAAAAUCAGAGUUGGGUCACAGUUUUGGAGCAAACGCGAACGGCGAGAACGAGACGUGGAAAGACUUGGAACUGAGCCAUAGACACAGGGACCCUAAAUACCUGCUGGACAGGUAUCCCGUGGGAGAACUUCCGACGGAUUCGGCCGACUGUCGGAGACCAGCAAAAUGCAUUCAUAUGCAACAUGCAACUUGCAUGGGAACGCGACUGCCGUACACGACGACGACGAUGGAUCUUAUUCCUGGUUAUACCACUCAGGACAUGAUACAAGAAAAAUUGCGUUUGUUGCAAGGAGUGAGGCACAUUCCAAAAUGCUGGGCGGUCGUUCAGCCGUUUCUCUGCUCAUUAUUCAUGCCAAAAUGCAUUAACGAGACUGUCGAUCUGCCGUCUCACGAAAUGUGCAAAAUGAUCUCUGGACCCUGUCGAAUACUUUUCAAUCAUACGAUAUGGCCAAAUUUCAUCAAAUGUGACAACAAAAAACUUUUUCCUCGUUUUUGUAAAUACGACAUCAGAGAUCUGACCUUCAACACGACGGGAAAAUGCUUAAAGCCUCUCAUACCGAGUGACAAUACUCUCGCUAUUUUCGAGGGAGUCGAAGGCUGCGGGGUACAAUGCAGUGAUCCUCUAUUAACGUUCGACGAACAGGAACAGAUCCACACGAUUAUUGCGUGGGGCGCUGGCUUGUCCGGCACCAUUAAUUUCCUCACUGUGGUAACGUUUCUAAUGGAUUGGCGAAGUUCGAACAAGUAUCCGGCGCAAGGGAUUUUUUACAUAAAUUUUUGCUUUAUGGUAUCGUGCAUUGGAUGGCUCGCGCAAUUCAUGGGCAGCAGAGAAUUUAUAGUAUGUCGAAAAGAUGGGACACCAAGGAUAAAUGAGCCGAGCGGCGAAACCUUGGGCUGCGUUGCUGUUUUCAUUGCAGUUUAUUAUUCGCUUAUGGCUGCCAUGAUUUGGUUCGUCAUUUUCACUUAUGCCUGGCACAUGAGCUUUCAAGGACUCGGGAAAAUUCAGGACCGAAUUGACAAGAAGAAGGCUUACUUCCAUCUCAUUGCUUGGUGCUUACCAAUCGUAAUGACCGUGGCUGUAAUAACACUAGGCGAAAUCGACGGUAGCAGUGUCACCGGCAUUUGUUUCGUUGGUUACACCAAUAAAUACGCGAGAGCUUGGUUCCUUCACGGACCACUCCUCGUGGUUUUAGCUUUCGGUGGAUAUUUCUUGGGGAGAGGAUUGAUAACUUUAAUCUGUCUCAAGAUAAGCAGCCAGGAAAUAAUAUCGAAACGUGCGAGUAAAAAAAUCCGCGACAAUAUUGUGAGAAUGAUAUUGUUCUCGAUUCUGACGAUUAUCGCCGCUAUUGUGACCUUCUGGUGUUACGUCUACGAGUUUCAGAACUCUGAAGAAUGGCGACGGAGUUUCAGAAAUUACAUGAUAUGUUCAAUCACGACAAAAUAUGCAGAGGAAUCCGAGUGUAAAAUGGACUCGAGACCCAGUAUAGCUGUCUUACAGAUACAAAUCUUAGCACCGUUCUGCACGAGCGUUCUCAUGUCGUCCUGGGUGUGGAGACGAUCGACGAUAGAAACGUGGAAACGAGCCAUCAAAAGGACAUUCAAAUGUGACUACGAAGAGCCCGUGAAAUUGAAGAAGCACAAAGUUAUAGCGCAAGCAUUUGCGAAGAGAAAAACGUUCAACAACGCGGGUCGCUUAUCGAUAAGUUUCCGUAAUACGCACGAGGAUCCUGUGGGAGUGAAUUUCAAUUUGGAUUCGGUGGAUUCACAAGAUUUCAGUUCGGCUUGGGCGGCAGCAUUGCCGAAGCUUGUAAUACGACGAGAUGCGCUGGUCGGUGGUAACACGAGUUCAGUAUCGAGUAUACGUCGUAAUUCGGGCGAUUCGGAGAUAAGUUUUAGUCUAAGGAGAGUGUCGGUCGAGUCGAGGCGCAAUUCGUUAGAUUCGCAAUACUCGGUGCAAAUCGCGGAGGUCAAAGCAACGAGAAGCCGACGUACGAAGCGUAGACGAGACGGAAGUAAGUCAAAAACGUCGAAAAUCGGACCAGUCUUACGUCGCGGUAGUACAACGUCACAGGAGAGUCAAUUGGGCGCUCAAAUAUUGUCGGCGCUGACGAGCGGUGGUGUGCCGAUGAAGGGGGGCCAAGUGCCAAACAUGAAAAGACGCUCAGCCAUCACGGGCUUGGAUGACAAACUUUUGUCCAAAAUGACUGAUGAUAAAAAGCCACCCGGUGUUUUGCUUCCAUUUUUGUUCCCUGCUUGCAGUGGCAGCGAAGAGAAUCUCAGCAGCGUCGACAAAUUGGCUGUCGAUGAAGAAGCCAAUAAGCACAUCGACGUCGAGGCUGCAAGAGUCGAGAAAGACGAGAGCGAGAGCGAGGACAGUCAACCCGACGAAACAACGCGGCUGAACCUCCCGGAGGAACCUCGCGAACGCAGUCGUAGCAAAACUAGCAACAAAAGCUCCAAAAGCUCCAAAAGCUAUUCUCACGAAACCGGCAAACGUAGUCGUGAACGACCCGAAAGCAAAUAUUCCCUCCCGAGAGAUCCUCAAGACGAAACUUUGCUCAAACAUUUGCUCGAUAACACGAACGAUUCGAAAAUCACCAGUGAUAAAGAAAUCCUCAAAGAUACGUAUAGAAAAGCUUGUCUCGGCGAUUUGGCGUCUAGUUUAACGGAAUAUUGCCCCGAGUUAUGUCGAAUCAUGCGAACUGACUUGGACAAAAACGCUCGUGAAAUUUCCACCCAAACCUCACUGCCACUUGACAUCCUUGAAAUGGAAGAGCUCAAACAGAGCAUCGAUGAAAUUAUCAACAGUCGCAACUGCAGUUCCAAAGGCACACAAAUAUCGCCCAAGAUGAACAAAGUUAACAACCGACGGAAAGACGAUUCUUAUCGUUAAGCAGACUCAAACUCGUAUUGCCCAUUAUUACUAUUCUAGUUUGUUUUUUAUAAUAUAUUUUAUACAAAGUAAAAAAUUUGCAUUUUUUUUCUUCAUCCUAUAUGAGAAUUGGGAUUUGGGGAAUUAAAAAUUAGAUCUUGACUUUGUCGGAAUGUAACCAAGUUUCGCUUUCUCUUUAAAGCCUUCACAACCUACUCGCUAUUUUCAUGACGAAAAAUUUCAAUAAAUCCUAUGAUUGGUUUUUUUCACU